AUCGUACCUGUAGCAGUCCACUACUUUAUCGCUCCCUCUUCUGGAACUUUCCCUGUCUCUCCCCCCACCCUCUCUAAAAAUGUACUCAAUAUAACCAUGGCCCAAAACCCUAGACCCAAUACAAAUCCAUCUAUAAAUACCCCCUCUCCUCCCCUCUCUUCACUUCUUUCAUUUCCUCUCGCUCUUGUUUCUCACUCUCAAUCUCUCUUUUCUUACUCUUCGCAGCUUCGAUCGUUUGUUGCACUAUAUGCUUCCUAAAAAGAGAUCAGUUGAAGGAGGAGUUGUAGACGGUGAUAACAGCGCUGGUAUUGAUUCAGAUAGUUUACUUAAGAAGAGUUGUUUGAUCUCUUGUGUGAACACAACUACUACUACUACAGCUAAGAGUGGAGACGGAGGUAUGGAGAAUGGAAGGGGUAGUAACACAGGAGGUAGUAGCGUUCAGAAACCGAGUAUGACUAUGGAUGAUGGAAAUCAGCAGGAGAUUGAUGAGGAUCUUCAUAGUAGGCAGCUUGCUGUAUAUGGGCGAGAGACGAUGAGGCGGCUUUUUGCUUCAAAUGUGCUCGUUUCAGGCAUGCAAGGUCUUGGUACUGAAAUAGCAAAGAAUCUCAUACUUGCUGGUGUCAAGUCCGUGACGUUGCAUGAUGAAGGCAAUGUUGAAUUGUGGGAUUUGUCUAGCAAUUUUAUAUUCACAGAGAAUGAUGUUGGUAAGAACAGGGCACUUGUUUCUGUUCAAAAGCUGCAGGAGCUUAACAAUGCUGUCGUUGUUACCUGUUUGACCACUAAAUUGACUAAGGAGCAACUCUCUGGCUUUCAGGCUGUUGUUUUUACUGAUUCUAACUUGGAGAAUGCAAUUGAAUUCAAUGAUUAUUGUCAUACACAUCAACCACCUAUUGCAUUCAUAAAGACUGAAGUGAGAGGUCUUUUUGGUAAUGUGUUCUGUGAUUUUGGCCCAGAGUUCACUGUGGUGGAUACUGACGGCGAGGAACCUCACACUGGAAUUAUUGCAUCUAUCAGUAAUGAUAAACCUGCCCUUAUAUCAUGUGUUGAUGAUGAAAGGCUAGAAUUUCAGGAUGGAGACCUUGUUGUGUUCUCAGAGGUUAAAGGAAUGACAGAACUCAAUGAUGGAAAGCCAAGAAAGAUAAUUAAUUCAAGACCGUAUUCUUUCAACCUUGAGGAGGACACAACAAAUUUUGGGCAGUAUGAGAGAGGAGGUAUCGUAACUCAGGUGAAGCAGCCGAAGGUCCUAAAUUUUAAGCCAUUAAAAGAAGCACUUAAAGACCCAGGAGAAUAUUUGUUGAGUGAUUUCUCUAAAUUUGACCGGCCACCACUCUUGCACUUGGCUUUUCAAGCACUCGACAAGUUUAUAUCUGAAUUAGGACGCUUCCCGGUUGCUGGUUCUGAAGAAGAUGCAGAGAAGCUCAUAUCCAUUGCCAGCACCCUGAAUGAGAGCUUCGGGGAUGGGAAAGUAGACGAUAUUAACCCAAAACUUCUGCGUCAAUUUUCUUUUGGUGCUCGGGCUGUUCUGAAUCCCAUGGCGGCUAUGUUUGGUGGAAUUGUUGGCCAGGAGGUUAUGAAGGCAUGUUCGGGAAAGUUUCAUCCACUCUUCCAGUUUUUCUAUUUCGACUCGGUUGAGUCACUUCCUACUGAAUCACUGGAGGUUAGUGAAUUUGAACCACAGAAUAGCCGCUAUGAUGCACAAAUAUCAGUGUUUGGGGCCAAGCUGCAAAAGAAACUUGAAGAUGCUCAGGUUUUUGUUGUUGGAUCUGGUGCAUUGGGCUGUGAGUUCCUGAAAAAUUUGGCUUUGAUGGGUGUUUCAUGCGGCAAACAAGGGAAACUGACAGUAACUGAUGAUGAUGUGAUAGAGAAGAGCAAUUUGAGCAGACAAUUUCUAUUCCGUGAUUGGAAUAUAGGGCAGGCAAAAUCAACUGUUGCUGCCACGGCUGCUGCAUUGAUAAAUCCUGCUCUGCAUAUUGAAGCAUUGCAGAAUCGCGUGGGCCCCGAGACUGAGAAUGUCUUUGAUGACACCUACUGGGAAAAUCUGAGUGUAGUAGUAAAUGCCCUUGACAAUGUCAAUGCUAGGUUAUAUGUCGAUCAAAGAUGCUUGUAUUUCCAGAAGCCACUUUUGGAAUCUGGGACUUUGGGGGCCAAAUGCAACACCCAGAUGGUUAUUCCUCAUCUGACUGAGAAUUAUGGUGCCUCAAGAGAUCCACCAGAGAAACAAGCACCCAUGUGUACUGUGCACUCUUUUCCGCACAACAUUGACCAUUGCCUGACAUGGGCUAGGUCUGAGUUUGAGGGUUUACUGGAGAAAACCCCUGCGGAAGUAAAUGCCUAUCUUUUCAAUACAAGUGAAUAUACCUCUGCUAUAGUGAAUGCAGGCGAUGCUCAGGCUAGGGACAAGUUGGAACGUGUUCUUGAGUGCCUUGAUAAGGACAGAUGCGAUGCUUUCCAGGACUGCAUUACAUGGGCCCGUUUAAGGUUUGAAGACUAUUUCUCCAACCGUGUGAAGCAGUUGAUUUUUACUUUCCCAGAAGACGCCUCAACAAGUACUGGCGCUCCAUUCUGGUCAGCCCCUAAACGGUUUCCUCAACCAUUGCAGUUCAGUACUUCUGAUCCAAGUCAUUUGCAUUUUGUCAUGGCUGCUUCCAUUUUACGUGCUGAGACAUUUGGCAUUCCUAUUCCUGAUUGGGCUGUGCAGCCCAAGGCAUUAGCCGAAGCUGUUGAUAGAGUGAUGGUUCCUGAGUUUCAGCCAAAGAAAGGUGUCAAAAUUGAGACUGACGAGAAAGCCACAAACCUCUCUGCAGCUUCUAUAGAUGACAGUGCAGUCAUCAAUGAGCUGAUCAUGAAACUAGAGCAGUGUCGGAAGAGUCUGUCAUCUGGGUUCAAGAUGAAACCCAUUCAGUUUGAGAAGGAUGAUGAUACAAACUACCACAUGGAUAUGAUAGCUGCACUGGCAAACAUGAGAGCAAGAAAUUAUAGCAUCCCUGAAGUUGAUAAGCUGAAAGCUAAAUUUAUUGCGGGAAGGAUCAUCCCUGCAAUUGCAACCUCUACUGCUAUGGCUACUGGUUUUGUUUGCCUUGAGCUGUACAAGGUUCUGAAUGGAGGGCACAAAGUGGAAGACUAUAGGAACACAUUUGCAAAUUUGGCUUUACCUUUGUUUUCUAUUGCUGAGCCAGUCCCCCCUAAAGUCUUCGCUCACAGGGACAUGAAGUGGACUGUAUGGGACAGAUGGAUAGUUGACGGGAAUCCAACAUUGAGGGAGCUUCUUAAAUGGCUAUCAGAAAAGGGUCUGAAUGCCUAUAGCAUUUCAUGUGGAAGUUGUCUUCUCUAUAAUAGCAUGUUUCCCCGUCACAAAGACCGGAUGGAUAAGAAGGUUGUGGAUUUGGCAAGGGAAGUGGCAAAAUUGGAGCUUCCACCUUACCGUCGGCACUUUGAUGUUGUGGUAGCCUGUGAGGACGAUGAUGACAAUGAUAUCGACAUUCCUCAGAUAUCUAUCUACUUCAGAUAGAUUUUUCAGUAUUUCAGAUGUACUCUUGGUUGCAUGCUGUGUUUUAGGAGUUUAGUAGCUUGAUUUACGCAAUUCCUAUGUUAUCCUUUUAAUACUCAUACAUAUAUCUAGAUUAUCGAGUAUCUAACUAUGGUCUGACCUUUUUAAGGUGUUGCCCAAUUUGAAUAUUCUUACCUAUCAAAUGAUUAUGAGUUCGACUUUAAGUA